CCAUCCCCACCCAAUUCUUCAAUCUAAACCGAGCAGAACAAAUCAAAACUGUUUUUCCUUUUCCUUGAUAGAGCAAAAAGAGAGAAAUUUUUUCUUCCUUCCUUAUCACAAGGAACUGGAAAAAUCAAAACUAAUUUAAAAGCUUCUUUUCUCAUUCCUGAUUCCCAUUUCCGGCAACUCUGUUAAUUUUCAUUCCUCUUAAUCAUUUUCUCCUUUAUGCUUUUAAAUUAGUUGAAUUCAUUUUUGCAUUUCGUUGGAAAAAUUCAAUUUUUGAGCGGAAAUAUGGGAACGGAGGUUUUGCGGCCACAGGAUAUCUUAAUUGAAAGAUUGAGAGUUCCGCCGUCGGCGUUCCAUCGCCGGAGAAGCAACUUUGGAAACGGAAAUGGCUAUUUUUAUCCUAAGAACAGAAAAUCGGUGGUCAGAACGGAGAAGAAGAAGCCGAAUAACCAACCUUUGCCGCCGUCGAUCACGAGGAGAUGUGCGAGCGCCGUGGAAUUGAGACAGGCUCACAACGACGGCCUAGAAAUGGGUCGGGUGACGAUUCUGAGGAGAGGCGAGUCUUUGAAUUCGCUGGUUCAGCCGGAAAUGCUGCCCAAGCAAAUCCGGGUCGGGUUAUCAUCGGCUGACGUGUAUGCUGGUUCGGCAUUUUCAAAUUCGCCAUCGCCUAGAGCUCUUCCCUUGCCCUCAUUUUUCAACAAAAAGCAGGAAGAUUUCAAGUCCUUUGAUGACUCUGCCACUAGAGAUUUGAGGCGCUUGCUCCGACUUGAAUACUAGCGGAUCCGGUUUUAACGUUCCCGACCCGAAUAUAUGCGGACAAAAGUUCUCAACUUUUUGGGAUCUUAAUUUCUCCAUGAAUAUUUUGUAGACAUAUGGAGAGAUGAAAAGGUCUGAAAUUUGAGAAAAUUAGAAAGAAAUGCGUUUAAAUAUUUUUAUUUUUCUUCAAAAUUUUGUAAGAUAUGAAUAUAUAAAAUUGGGAAAACUAUAGGGUUUGGUUAAAUUGAAAUACGGGAAUGGAAUGUUGUAAUAUCAUAAUAUGGGAAUUGGAUUAUUAUGGGAAAGUGGUUGGAGGGAAGGCUGGGAAAGGAGGUUUAAAAUCAAUAUGAGAGUAAUGUGGAAUGUUUUGCUGCUCUGUUAAUGGUGUUAGUGAUGACUAAUGACGAGGAUGAUGAAAGAGGAGCUUUUUCAGUUCCUUCUUGUAAGAUAAUUCUAUGAUAAAUACUCAGUAAUCAAGAGCUAUAAAUUUAGGUAAU